AUGACAGAGCGCGCCCAAUCAGGAUGGACGCUCGCGCGAAAAUACCGAGGGGGCGGGCCUUUCACCUCCGUCCGCACGCUCCGAGAGGGCUGUUGGAGGAGGGGCCCGUCCGGCGAAGCAGUGCGCAUGUGCCGGCUCUCCCGACCACGGCAGGAUUCAGUCUCAGACCUCACCUUCUGCCCAGACCCCCGGCGGCCAUACCCCACACCUCCAACAAGCACCCUGGUGCUGCACCCGUCAGCCCCAUCAGCUGACCUCGGGCGGGCCUGGCCCUUCGCCCUUCGCCAGGGCUUGGCUGCAGGCUCCCCCCCAACCGUGUCUCUGGGUCCCUCCAACCCCUGGACCGGGGGCGAGAACUUCUUCUCCGGAACUGGAAGGUGGGUCCGAAAGGGCACCAAGGCCCACACGGGUGAAGCUACUGGAGCUUUGGAGCAAGAGGGUGGCCUCCAGGCCAGCAGAGCCCGUGGCCAUGGUGGGACAUACUUGUUUGGCCUCCGCCCCCAGCUGGUCUAUGAGUUUUUCCUGCGUUUCCUGGAGAGCCCGGACUUCCAGCCCUCCGUGGCCAAGAGAUACGUGGACCAAAAGUUUGUCCUGAUGCUCCUGGAGCUGUUUGAUAGCGAGGACCCCCGGGAGCGUGAGUACCUGAAGACCAUCCUGCACCGGGUCUACGGCAAGUUCCUGGGGCUGCGGGCCUACAUCCGUAAGCAGUGCAACCACAUCUUCCUGCGGUUCAUCUAUGAGCUGGAGCACUUCAACGGGGUCGCAGAGCUCCUGGAGAUCUUGGGCAGCAUCAUCAAUGGCUUUGCACUGCCCCUGAAGACCGAGCACAAGCAGUUCCUGGUCCGGGUCCUGAUCCCGCUGCACUCUGUCAAGUCCCUGUCGGUCUUUCACGCCCAGCUGGCAUACUGCGUGGUGCAGUUCCUGGAGAAGGAUGCCGCGCUGACGGAGCACGUCAUCCGCGGGCUGCUCAAGUACUGGCCCAAGACCUGCACCCAGAAGGAGGUGAUGUUUCUGGGGGAGAUGGAGGAGGUCCUCGAUGUCAUCGAGCCCUCCCAGUUCGUCAAGAUUCAGGAGCCGCUCUUCAAGCAGGUGGCUCGCUGUGUCUCCAGCCCCCAUUUCCAGGUGGCAGAGCGGGCUCUGUACUUCUGGAACAAUGAGUAUAUCCUGAGCCUCAUCGAGGACAACUGCCACACAGUGCUGCCCGCCGUGUUCGGGACCCUCUACCAGGUCUCCAAGGAGCACUGGAAUCCAACCAUCGUGUCUCUGAUCUACAACGUGCUCAAGACCUUCAUGGAGAUGGACGGGAAGCUGUUUGAGGAGCUCACGGCCUCCUACAAGCUGGAGAAACAGCAGGAGCAGCAGAAGGCCCAGGCGCGCCAGGAGCUGUGGCAUGGCCUGGAGGAGCUGGGGCAGCGCCGGUUACAGGGCACGCAGGGGGCUAAGGAGGCCCCCCUCCAGCGGCUUACCCCCCAGGUGGCCGCCACUGGGGGUCAGAGCUAGAGUUCCCACAAGAGGAGAGCGGAGCCCAGCCCCUCUACCCCUCCUCUAUCCAGAGACUUGGCUUCCCUCCGGCCGGGCAGGGGACUGAGGACGCCCUGCCUGGCCCGAGAAGGCAGCUUUCCCAGGGGGUGAGGAAAGAUGGUGGUCUUGGUGGGGGUGGGGGAAGUGCCCAGGCUCUCGUGACAGGACUUGACCAGGGCAAGCUUGACCAGGAAGCCGCUGCUGGGGACCCACCCUGCCGCACCGCUGGGCCCCUGCCAGCUGCAGGCAGGUUCCUGGCCCUGCUCCCGGCCGCCUCCCGCACCUGCCCCUCCCUCGUGCCAGCGCGAGGCCCUCGAACCCACCAUGGGAUCCAUGGUCUAUUUAUUCUCCCCCUCCAGACGUGGGCCUGGGCUGCCCGGUCCCUCCCCUUCCUCUCCCCGGACAUCCGCAUCCCCUUUUUAUUUAUUGGGCAGGGGGAGGGGUGAGGGCACAGAGAGCAGAGACCCCCCAGUGUCCUGGGGCGGGGGUCCCGGUCAUCCCGGUCUAGCCCCCUCCCCUGGCGGGGGGUGGAUGCAAUAAAGAGAGACUCUCGGA